AUGUUCUUUGGAGCUUAUAGAAAUGCUUACAAGUAUCCACUGAGAGGGAUGAAUGGCAGCAAUAUGUGGCCAAGUACCAGUUUCAUACCACCACUGCCACCUUUGAAAAGGAAAAUGCCAGGCAGGCCUAAAGUCAAUAGAAGGAAGGACCCAGGAGAAAAGACUACUAGACACACUGUGUCAAAGGUUGGAAGAAAAUUCUAUGUAGUGUGUGUAAACAAGUUGGUCACAACAAGGCUACAUGUCCUAAAGUUGAGAAGCCCAAAAAACUCAAGUGGUUUUCCGUUGACCCUUUACACUCUUUUACACUGGAGUACUCUACAAAAGCAAGAUAAAAAAGCCAAUUUGUAUACGAUACUUCAAGUAAAACCCCUUAGAAAGAGGUGA